ACAAUGUAUGCAAAACAGACAGCAAUCUUUAAUCCUUUAACUUGAGAACUCUCUUCUCUCCAUACUUUUGAGUCACCCAGCCUCUCUCAGCUUCUCCAAUCUUCCCCUCAUACUCUGAAACCAACACAGAAAAGAAAAGGAUCAGUUUUCUUUCGUUCUUGAAGAUGGGUUUUGCUCGGUUUCUCCAAGUUUUCAUCAUCUCCAGUCUCUUGGCCACAUCAUGCUUAGCCCAGGCUCCGGUGCCUGCACCCACCGCCACGCCGCCCUCACCAGUCUCAUCCCCGCCAUCUCCAGCCCCGUCUCCGACCACCCCAGCCCCAGCUCCAGCUCCGACAACCCCUGCACCAGCUCCGACUACACCAGCAGUACCGACCCCAGCCCCUUCUUCGGCUCCCACUCCUUCGGCGACUUCUCCCCCAUCCUCCUCGUCUCCUUCUCCCGCAACCUCAACGCCCCCUGCACCCUCUCCCCUGAGCCCCUCAACCGAGCCAGCGGCUUCUGCUGAGCCCCCCAGUGGUGCCUUCUCUCCUAGCAAAGCCGUUGUCGCUGGGACCGCUCUAGUUGCAACCUUCUUCGCCGUGGUUGUUCUGGCUUAGACUGGGUUCGGAUCUGUCCACGUGGAUGUUCAACGCUUUUAACUACAGAUCUUCUUUUCUUAUGGACGGCUGAGAUCUAUGUUUUUUUGUUUUCUUUGAUAUUUAUUAUUUUUGCCGUGUUUGUUUCAUUCAAUAUUGGGUUUGACGGAGGAUGCAUUUAUAUGGCGAUGAGAAUGAUUAUUUGGAUAUUUUCAUUUCUUUAGUGUUGACACGUACUGUAUCCCUUUGUAGAUGAGUCGACUCGUGUAAAUCAGUUUUCUAGUAGUUGAAUAAAACAGUUUGUUAUUCUUUUGGUCCCUAA